AUGAAUGAACUUUAUGAUGAUGGAAAAGAAUUGGAUAUUGAUCCUUGGGUACUUGAUCUCCACUUUCCAUAUGACUUUUGCUAUCUCCACAUCGCUCAACGCGUACGUAUCAUCGAAACGGCCAUUGCAAAGACUACAAAUUCUUGCGCUAUUACUACUGGAAAGCAUGUGACGAAGCAAAAGAAGAGAAAUAAGAAAAGAAACUGGAGGGAAAGAGGUUAUGCAUACGGAACGGAGGAUCUAGCUAUUGUAGGAUUCGACAUGGAUAUUUUGAGAAUAGUGUUGAAGGACAAUGUGUUGUCGCACAAUGGAGAAACCUAA